UUAUUCCUGGUGCUCGCUGAGUCAGAGUAACAGCUCCCAGAUAGGAAUGACACAAACAGGCAGACCAGCUCUACAGUUCUAAGUGUCCAGAAAACAACCACAAGACUUGUAAUAAAAAACGACAGAACAACCACUACAACUACAAAACAAGGCCACAAAGGACAAACCAAAAUGGAGGAAUGCGAUAGUGUGGAGUCUGAGGUGACGGAGUUACAAGAGCUUCAGUGUGAGUCACCAGAGGCCAUAGCCCUGGACGAUGAAGACGAGGUGGAGGAACUCCACAACAGUCUGAGGGAGGCGGUGCAGGACCCAACAGUCAAGCCCCAGAUGCAGUGUCUGCUGGUGGACCCCUCCUUCUCCAUGGUAACGGUACAGAGUGAGGACAGUGGCAUUGUCUGGGAGACGGCCUCCAGCCGUAGCUCCACACCAUGGGCCUCCGAGGCCAGCUCCCCCUCAGAGGCGUGCAGCCUGGAGGGGACUGGUGUGGGGAGCGGUGGGGGCGCCCAAGGCAUGAUCACGAUCGUGUUUGACGAGGAGAAGAUUGUUCGCCGCAGAACGCGGUCCAGGGGUACCCACAGCCGCCUGAAUGAACGUCUCAGGAGGCCUGUUAAUUCUCGGCCCAGCUCUGCGCUGGGUGCGGAGCGGCCUGAAAUGGCAGAGAUAUCGGUGCCAAAUGUGCAGCCGGAGGGCACGGACACUGUGGAGCUGGAUGCACUGAAGGAUAAAGACCAGCAGCUGUUCAGACUGAUCUCAGAGGGCUACGAGAUCCUCAACAUCAAGGUACCAUCCAAGCUGCCCACACUGGACGAAGAAGAGAGCAUGGAGCUUAAGGACAACCUGUCAUACCUGGAACAGACGCCCAGAAUCCGGUCCAGACGGCCACUACCCCCCCAGGAACAGAAGGCAGAGGUCCAGGAGGAGGAUGGAGGAAAACAAAACAAGUCAUCUGAACAGGACUCAGCAGAGGAGCAGACCAGGGAUAUGCGAUCCAGGAAGGAUGGCACUAGCGACAUGGAUUACUUUGAGAACUUCACCUUUCUUGAUGUGGUGGCACCAGGGGAACAUGCUCCAGGCUUAGAGGAGGAUGUGGGCGCCGGGCCGGCACAAGUGCCCCAGCCAGAGGAGCCUAAGCCUGGGAAGGAGCCGACCAGCAGCAGCCUCAAUGCCUCGGAGGACACCUUCGUGUUUGUCACUGAGGUAGAGAUUGCCAGUGAGCACCUGGACGAGGUAUUCUAUGGGAACAAGGAGUCCGAGAGGGUCGAGGAAAAGGAGUAUGAAGAGGAGGGGGGGAGGAGAGGGAGGAGAGAAAGCAUUAGAUCUCUAAAGGAGAAUGGGUCUGUCUUGUUUGGUAGCCAAGAGACCAUCUUGACCCCAAUUUUCCUCUCCCCGGGACCUCCCAAGAUAAUAGACCCAAUCCUUUUGGAGGAACCCACGGCCAUGUCCUUCCUCUACUCCGACCUGUAUGAGAACUCCAUGGGAGAGCGCAGGAGGAGUGAUGAGGAGGGGUCUGAGGGGGAAAACUUGGCAUCAGAGAAAGUGUUCCAGAGACGUCUGUCAGACCCUGAGGAGGCAGACGGAUAUCUGGAGAAAUUCAUCCUUAAGGACGAGACCCCUGCACUGGAGAGUCAAUCAGAGGAGGAAGAGGACAAUGGGGAGGGUGCAAGGUUGUGGCCACAGAGCAAGUUUGAGAUGACAGGAUGCCUGACACGAAUGGUGGAGGAAGAGGAGGAGGAACAUUCUGAGAGGAAGGAGGAACCCAAGAGGGAGGAGAUUACAGAGAGGAGUAGGCAUCUUCUGACGGCGGAGGAGAUAGAAACAGAAGAAAGGAUUGUAGAAAAGGAGGAGAAGGUGGAGGAGACUUGUCCAAUCAUAGCACUUCCAGCAGAGCAACAGGGGAAGGACGAAAAGACUAAACCAGCCACGGAGGAGAAAAAAGAAGGGAAGGAAGAAAAGCUGGUAGAAGACAUGAAAGAAAAGCCAGAGCUAGAAAACUGCAAGACCAAUAUUAUCUCAUUAGACACCAUCCUUGACAGAGAAGAUGGUGAGUUUGAGAAGGAGUUACCAGUCCCUGCACAGGAGCUUGUUGAGGUGAUAGGUGAAGGUAGUUCUCAGGUAGAAACAGCACAGUUGGUGGGGACUGAGAAUGUUAGUCUAGAGGAGGCAGUUGUCUCAGGUUUGGGCUCCUCAAGAAGUGAGAUCACAAUUCCUAAACAAGAAGUGACAAAAGAGAAAGAGGAAGUCGCAGUUAUUGCUGAAGAAAAGAGUCCAUCUGAUGUUCCUGAGAAUCUGCCUGUAGCUGAAAUGGCCAGUUUUCUCGAACCUUUUGUGGAACUGGAAAGUCUGUCUGGAGUCCUGAAACCUGGUCAAGUAGAGCAGGAGGAUCUCAAAGAUGGGACUGUGACAGCACCAGGAGAGCAGGGAGCUAACAGUGUUUCUCCAGAUGUCGAAACUGAUACAGUAACAGACGUAGAUGCAAAGAAAGUAGCCGAUGUUACACCAUUGGCUGAAAACACCAAGGCAAAACUUGUUCAAUCUGACCCAACUACUCAGGUCAUGGCAGCAAUAAUCCCUGAGACUGAAGCAAAAACUGAUCCUGAGAUGCAACCAGAACCACAGGUAGAACAAGUUCCAUUGGUAGAAACAGAAGCAAUGGUUCAACCAAAAGCAGUGGUAGAACCAGAACUAAAGGUAGCAUCAGAAGCAGGAGCAGAACUAGAAUCAAGGCUAUCAUCAGAAGCAGUGGUAGAACCAGAACCAAGGGUAGGAUCAGAAGCAGUGGUAGAACCAGAACCAGGAGUAGCAUCGGAAGCCGUGCUAGAACCUGAAUCAAAACCAGAACCAGAAAGGAUAGGAUCAGAAGCAGAGGUAGAACCAGAAUCAAAACCAGAACCAGAAAGGGUAGGAUCAGAAGCAGUGGUAGAACCAGAACCAAUGGUAGAAUCAGAAGCAGUGGUAGAACCAGAACAAAGAGUAGCAUCGGAAGCAGUGCUAGAACCAGAACCAGAAUCAAAACCAGAACCAGAAAGGGUAGAACCAGAAGCAGUGGUAGAACCAGAACCAAGGGAAGGAUCAGAAGCAGUGGUAGAACCAGAACCAGGAGUAGCAUCGGAAGCAGUGCUAGAACCUGAAUCAAAACCAGAACCAGAAAGGAUAGGAUCAGAAGCAGAGGUAGAACCAGAAUCAAAACCAGAACCAGAAAGGGUAGGAUCAGAAGCAGUGGUAGAACCAGAACCAAUGGUAGAAUCAGAAGCAGUGGUAGAACCAGAACAAAGAGUAGCAUCGGAAGCAGUGCUAGAACCAGAACCAGAAUCAAAACCAGAACCAGAAAGGGUAGAACCAGAAGCAGUGGUAGAACCAGAACCAAGGGAAGGAUCAGAAGAAGUGGUAGAACCAGAACCAGGAGUAGCAUCGGAAGCAGUGCUAGAACCAGAAUCAAAACCAGAACCAGAAAGGAUAGGAUCAAAAGCAGGGGUAGAACCAGAAUCAAAACCAGAACCAGAAAGGGUAGGAUCAGAAGCAGUAGUAGAACCAGAACCAAGAGUAGGAUCAGAAGCAGUGGUAGAAACAGAACAAAGAGUAGCAUCGGAAGCAGUGCUAGAACCAGAACCAGAAUCAAAACCAGAACCAGAAAGGGUAGGAUCAGAAGCAGUGGUAGAACCAGAACCAAGGGUAGAACCAGAAGCAGUGGUAGAACCAGAAGCAGAGGUUCUUGCAGAGAGAAAGGAAGCUGUUAAAGCUUUUUCUGAGGCUGUAGGAGAGGAAGUGGUUGUUUGUGCUCAAUCAAAGAUGACAGCUGCAGCAAGUGAACCCGAGGGAGGAGUGGAUAAGGUGAUGGAGGGAACAGAGGUUAGAGUUGAAGCAGCCCCACAACCAUCUGGCGAGGCGUUGGUCAACAGCACAGGACCUGUUCACACAGAGCUGUUAGCUGAGGCACAGAAGCAGAUAGUUAAGGAGACUGAUAUUGAGGGGAAGGUAGAGAAUAAGACAGAGAUUGAGGGGAAAAUGGAGAUUGAGGGGAACACAGAGGAAACAGAGGGGAGGAUAGAGAUUGAGGGUAAAAUGGAGAAGAAGAUAGAGAUUAGGGAGAAGAUACAGGAGACUCUCACAGAGACUGUACACUCCCAGUCUGCUGCAGCUGAGAUCCAGGAUAUGGAAGUCAGAGGAGAAGUAAUGGUUGAACCUGAUACCAUGGGCCUCCCUCUCCUCCAUACCGACUCUCCAGAUGAAGAGAUUACACGAGAGGCUGGCGAGGAUGAAGGACAAACAUUGGGAGACCAGUUAGUUCGGAGUCUUGGGAAAAGAGAGGACACUGUCAAAGCUCUGGACUUACAGGACCCACUAACAGCAGGAGCAGAAGAAGAUAGAGCUGAAACAUUGGCAGAAGAGAUUAAAGAGGCAGAGGAGAUUAUGGAGACAGUGGAGGUGAAGGAGACAGUGGAGCUGAAGGGGACAGUAGAGGUGACGGAGACAAUGGAGGUGAUGGGAACAAAGGAGGUGAAGGAGACAGUGGAGGUGAAGGGUAGAGAGGCAGUAGCUUCCAUGGAGUCUGAGGCUAUGACAACAGCAGAAGUACCCUCUGUUGCUCCAGUGCCAUUGCAGGAACAAACCCAGGUAAAGGUGAAAGACUAUGAACCAGAAGUAGUUUCAGAGCGGGAAGAUCAACCUUCUGCCCCUCUAGAUACCCCAGAAAGAUGGCCAACCCCACCAACCCCGCUGGUGGAAGGGGAGGGUCGGGAGACAAAACAAACAAUUGAGGGAGAUUUUGAAACAAAUGGUGGCUUUUUCUCCCCUCCUAUGAACUUCACCCCACAAGAGGAGCUGUCAGGGCACCACAUUGAGGCUGUGAGUGCAGAGACAAAGCUACACCAGGAGGCUGUGAGCCCAGUGACAGAGAUACACCAGGAGGCUGCAAUCCCAGUGAUGGAGCUCCACCAAGAAGCGGAUCACCUGGAGGAGUUAGAAUAUGAGAUCAUUUCCCAACAGGAGGCCAGAGAGCAGGAGUACCUGCUCCCUGACUCCAGCCUGGAGAGGAGGAAGGAAGAGCCGGAGGAGUGGAAGGAGGGAGUGCUGGAUCUAACCCCAGAUGAGGACCUCACUGAGGCGGAGUAUGAGAUGUUUGAUGAGGUGGAGGAGAGCCAGGCUAGAGCAGCUGCUGACCUUGAGGGGAUGGAUUGGUUUUGCCUGGCUUGUGGCUGUCUGCUGACAGAAGAGGGACAUGUAUCUGGAGGGCACCAGGACCACAAGGUCACCUCUGUGGACCAGGCCUACAACGACAAGAGGGAUAAGCUGAAGUGCAGGAUUUCGGAGUUGCAGGAGAGAUCAGAGAACAUUGAGGACUUGGUGUCUGAGCUGGAACUGUCCUACAACACUAUAGAGGAGCAGUUCCUAACCAGGGAGGGGGCUAUGCAGGAGCAGAAUGAGAAGAUGUUGGCAGGGGUUAUGGAGCAAUACACCAGCAUGUCUCUAGGCACGGAGGAGGAGAAGAAGAGCAAGCUGGAGCAGCUGUAUGAUCAGAUCGUCUCUUUCCAGGAGAGCAUCGAUACAGCCAGGGCCACGCUGGAGACCACUGCCCGAGAGGUGGACGCUGACGCACAGUCAAUCUCAGAUAUUAAUACAAGACUGUCAUCAGUGCUGCAUUCAGCCAUGUCUCUGGAGUUAGGGCCUCGGGGACUGCUGGUGUUUGAGGACUACGCAAAGGGAAACGCAGCCAACACACACACACACCGCAAGGGAAUUCCAGUCCCCCAGCAGCCCUUUCUGCAGUCCCAGGAGCCAGGCUCAGCCAGCAGCACCAGCGUGACCGUCUAUUGGAGGGUGAACCCUGGAGACAUCAUCGAUUGCUUCCAGGUCUACUGCAUGGAAGACCCACAAGGAGUGGUGUCUGAGGAGUAUCGAGUGACCGUGAAGGAGAGCUACUGUGUCCUGGAGGACCUGGAUGCUGAGAAGGGCUACAAGGUGUGGGUGAUGGCUGUGAACUACACCGGCUGCUCCCUUCCCAGCAGGAGGCUGACCUUUAGGACUGCCCCUCCUGUGCCAGUGAUCGAUACCGAGCGCUGCACAGUGCUCUGGAACUCUGCCGUCUUGCGAUGGAGCCCAGCUAACCAGAUGCACACACCGACGUACACUCUGGAGUAUUGUCGCCAGUAUGCCCUGGAAGGAGAAGGACUCAGGUCUAUCUCAGGUAUCAGGAGUCAGGAGCAGCAGGUGCAGCUGCAGCCUGAUGAGAACUACCUGUUCUACAUCAAGGCUGUGAACGAGGCUGGGGCCAGUGAGCAGAGUGAGGCUGCACUUAUAUCCACAAGGGGUACCAGGUUCAGACUGCUAAAGGAAUCAGCCCAGCCAGGCGUAGAUCUGUCAGAGGACCAGAACACGCUGGUCUACAGACACUCAGAUACACACAUAUGCCCGUCUGUCCUGGGGGAAAUAUUGCCAGCCAGGGGUCAUUACUACUGGGAGACAGUCGUAACGGGAAGUCCUGCCUACCGGAUAGGAGUGGCAUAUGGAGGAACCAAUAGAGACAGUCCAUUGGGGGAAAACAACACCUCCUGGUGUUUGCAUUGCAUCCCUACACCCUCAAGUUGUAGGUUUGAGCUGCUCCACGCCAGUGUCCAGGCUGAUGUGUUUGUGGUGGAGGUGCCCGAGCGUGUGGGCACUCUCUUGGACUAUCAGCACCAGCGCCUGUCCUUCUACAAUGCCCAGACUGGCCAGCUCCUGGGGACCCUCACCCAUCCCUUCACCCUGCCAUGCCACCCCGUGCUGGGCAUUGAGCAAUUGGGCAGCCUGGGCCUCAGCAUGGCGCUGGAGGUGCCUGAGUUCACCAAGCACAGCUAGCCCACCCUCCCACAGCCUUCUAGGGGCAGCCACGUGUCUUCAUACUGGUGGAUAUGUUCCACCUGGAUCUUGGAAACUCACAGGACACGGAUGAGGGAAGUAUUAGGGGUGGAGAUGGCGGCCUUGCAGAUCCUC